GUGCUGGAUAUAUUUGAAUAACAAACGUGUGAGGGUGGGUAACCAAUGGUGAUAUAUUUAUUAUUACUAUUCACAAUUUAUAAUACAGUUGAAUGAAAAGACAAAAAUAUAGUCGUCGAUCGAUCGAUAAAAUCACGAGUUUGGAUCCACCAUUUACCUGCAUGGAGAAUAAUGAAUUACUUUCAACAUAUAAACAAGGUGUUCUUGUUUUGCCCCCUUUUUAUCAUUGGAAUGAAACACACUUCUGUGUGUAUCGUAUCUCUUUGCGUCUCUCACUGUGUAUAUAUGUUGUUGUUGUUGUUGGGUGCAUAUGAGAAAGAAAGCCGCUUUCGUGGCUUCUCCCCACAUGAAGAACGGUAGAGAAUAAAGAUAUAGUGUGUGUAUGUUGUCUUUGGCACACGCGUGUUACUUUUUCUUCUUGUCAUCAUCAUCAUCAUCAUCAUCACCAUCACCAACACAUUCUCUGUUUGCAAUUCAUUUUUUUCUUCAUCAUUUCUUAAUUUUUUUCUUUCUAUGCCUAAAUUCAAUUCUCACAACACAACAACAACGUUACGUAUACGGAUUUUCUAAUUCUAAAUCGAAAAAAAAUUUCAUUUACCAGCCUGUUCUUGUUAUUGUUUUGAGUGUGUGUUAUGUGUACUGAUGCAAAUGUAAUAUAUUCAGAGAAAACGACAACAACAGGAAAAUAUAACACAUUUGUUUUUUGGUUCGGUUUUUUGUUUUGUUUUGUUUUUGCUUAUUUUAUUCUUAGUUCUUUCCGCGUUCAUCUUGUUCAAUUAUUGGAUUCUUGAAUUAAAAAAGAAAAAAUUUCCACUAAUAAAUCCAAAUUAACUUGUCAAUUUGCACUUUAUUAUUGUUUUUACGUUCGUGGUAAUGGAAAAUUAUCGAUGCUGAUGCAUUCGAGUAAUUAUCAUCAACAAACUAAACUUCAUCGUCAUCACCAUCAUCAUAAUCAUAAUCAUCCACAAGAAUUAACAAUAUUGACGACGACAACGACAACGACAUUGAACAGUUCAAUAAGCCAUUUCGUUCAACGAAUCAAUGCAUCAGCAGCAAAUCAACAAUCGACAAUUAAUAGUAAAACACGAUACCAAAAUGAUUUCGAUUGCCGGCAUUCGAUUUUUUAUCGAAUUCUCUUCAAUUCUGGUCCUUGCUUUCCUGUGCAUUAUGCACGAAUUCACCGAUGUUACCUGGGCAAAACAAUUUCAUUUUGAUCAUUCUUCCGCCAAUCAAGCUGCUUCAUUCGAUGAUAUCGAGCCUUCAUCAUCGACAUUGAAUCAUGAUCAAGAUGAUGGUGGUGGUAGCAAUGGUGGCCAACAAUUUCAUCAUCAUAAAAAUCAAGCUACAUAUGUUCGAUUCUCACCAGAAUCGCUAACUUUUGGCCAUCAUUCGAUUGGUAUGCCGAUCAUAAAAACGGUGCAUAUUCAUAAUGAUGAUGAUGAAAUUACAUUGCAAUUGAUCUCGAUAUCAGGCAACACUGAACAUUUUCAUUGUUCAUUUUUUGAGGAGAAAAUCCUCGCACCAAGAUCAAAUACUUCAUUUCAAGUGGUGUUCCUUGCCCGACAAGAAGGUUUAGUCAAUAAUACUCUUUAUAUACAUUCAUCAGUCGGAUCGUUUCCUUAUCGUGUAUCAGCAUAUGGUGAACAUAGCCCGUUUCGUGUUAGGCCGUUGAUCGGUGCACGUGUUCCGUUGAAUUCAUCAUUUGCUUCGUUAAUCUAUAUUUAUAAUCCAUUUUCUACGCCUCUACAACUUACAGAAAUGUAUACCUCAGGUGGUGGAUUACAUCUAGAAUUACCGGACGAUGAAUAUGAAGCACCAAGUUCGUUAUGGAAUGUACCACCAUAUGAAACACGUCCAGUGAUGAAGGCACAUUUAGUGGCCCGUAUUGCAUCCAAUCAUACAUCUUAUAUAAGGAUUCGUACUAGCCAACCCGAUAUACAAUUAAUGUUACCGGUCGAAGUCGAAGUGAGCAAUUCACCCGGUCUCUAUUCACCAUUAGAUACAUUGGAUUUUGGCGUAUUAAGAGCCAAACAUGAUCCACCGAAAGCAUUACCAAUACAGGUGAUAAAUGCAGCGCAAAAAUCCGUUUCUGUACAAAGCAUUGUUGUUACACCGAUUUUUGAUGGUCUAAGCGUCGCUGAUUUUAGUGGUCCAAUCAAAGUUCCACCACAAUCAUCCAAUCCGUAUCAUGUGGCCAAAUUGAUACUUGAUCCCAGUCAAUUCUCCUGUACGGGUCUAUGUUUAGGAAAAGUUUUGAUAAAAUCAAAAAACAAUCAAUAUAAAUUGACGAUUCCGUUUAUUGUUCGAGUCAUCCAAGGUGAACUGCAUUUCAAUGGUACACAAUCACAUUUCUUUAUGAAUUCAAGCUCAAACUAUCUGGAACAACGUGUAAUGAAUGUUGAGAAUCGUUUUGAUAGUCCAAUCAUUGUACAUGAUAUAAUAUUACCGGACGAGGCAAAACCAUAUUUUCGUUUGACAACUAAACCCCCUUAUUCAUUGCCUAUAACGUUACCGGUAGGAAAAACGUUCCCAUUGUUGAAAAUUGAAUUCACGCCAUCACCACAGCUUAGUCAUUUCUCAACUGUGUUCCGUUUAUUGACUAAUUUAAGCUAUUUUGAUUUGCCUUUGUAUGCUUAUCAAGGAAGAUUGGAUUUGUUUAUACCAAACUCUUCAGACCAAAGUAAAUUGGAUAUGGGCCUGGUAGGAUUGAAUGAGCAUAAAACAUCAACACUUGUCGUUGCAAAUCAUAAUCCAAUAGCGAUACGUUUGAUAUAUUGGCAAUGUAAUAUUACUGGAUUGAUUAUAGAAUUGGUCGGUACUAGUCAAGGAAAUAUAAGCGCCAUAAGUCAGCGCAUCGAAUCAUCAUCAUCAUCAUCAACAAUGCCAAUGGAAGACUCAUCACUAUCGUCUACUGCAUCGUCAUCGACUCGUUCGUCUGAGUUACGAUUACUUGAACCGAAUCAUUUUGCCAUAUUUCGUGUACAUGUUCAAAAACUUUGUAAUGAAGGCGUUCACAAUGGAAUCAUAACGAUAAUAACUGCAUAUGAAAAAUUGACUGUGCCAUUGACAAUUAAAGUAUUAAAAGGAAAUCUGAUGGCCGAACCAGUGAUAAUGCCGAAAACGUUUCCUGGCAAGAUUGUUAAAUCAAUUUUGAACAUAAAAAGCAAUUAUAGCAGUACGAUAAAAAUCAAAGGAGCUUUCAUUGAACCAAAAGAUGAACGUUUCAAAAUCAAAUUGAUUGAUCAAUUGAUCAAACCUGGCCACGACAAUCAGAUACAGAUACAAUUUGAUUCAUCAGCAGCAUGUUAUCAGAAAUUAUGUUAUACAGCAUUGGAUGUAGAAAAAGAAGUGGGCCAUCUAUGGUUAUUAGGCUCGGGACUUUAUUCCGACACUGCAUAUAUCGAUAAAGAGCUAUAUAAAUUAUUACGAAAUCAAUGGUUAUCAAUGACCGAAUCGGAUCGUAAACCAAUGGUCAACGUUCGUCUGCAGAUUGAUGGUUUUGGUUCAUUUGUUGCUCCUAUUCAAGCACAUCAACAUUGGCCACGGUUAGCGAACAAAUUGGUCAUUCGUUUUCCAUCGAUUCGUGUUGGUCAAAUGGUGACCAAAGAGCUUUUGAUUGAAAAUACCGCCGAUCGUGAAGUAUUGGUACAAGCAAUAAACGUUAUUGAUUAUCCGAAUUCAGAAAUCCUAUUACAACUAACAUCUAAUACAAUAUUUCAUCAACAAUGGUCCAAAAGUGAUCUACAAGCAAUACAAUCGGCAAUACGUAAUGGCCAUAAUCGAUCUGCAUUCUCUUUAUAUAACAAUACUAUUGCUUCCAAUUCACAAGUUCAACGUAUCACCGAAUGGUUAGGUGUAGAACCGAAUGCCAAUUCUUAUAUAAUGCUACUGCCAGCCGGUGUAAGACAUCGUUUAGCCGUGACAUUCAAUCCACCUGAUGAGAAAAAUUAUACCUCAUUAUUGAUAUUGAGAAAUAAUCUCACUAUAAUCGAUGUUGUCAUGUUACGUGGUGAAGGGGGCCGUGGUUUACUUAAAAUUGGAAAAACAUUACCCAAUACAUUGAAUUCACGUCUAGUGUUUGAUUUUCCCGAAAGAUCAUUGGAAAAACGGUGUCGUAAUCUGAUAUUGGUUAAAUCGGGCAUAGAUCCUUCCCCAUCAUUAUCAUCAUCAUCGUCGUCGUCGUCGUCAAGCAGUAAUAAUCACAAAACAGUCAAUUACAAUACGUUAGUGAUGCGUGAACGUUUCAAAGCAGUCAAUAUUGGCCGUAUGGCAUUGCAGAUCCGUAACUUUCUUAUCGAUGGUAUGCCUUGUGAAGGUCAUGGUUUUCGUAUUAGCCGUUGUGAGCCAAUACUUUUGUCACCAAAUCAAACUGUUGAUAUUGAGAUAUUGUAUUCACCAGAUUUUACUCAACAUUCAAUAACACAUGAAUUAACCAUAAUGAUCGAUGAUGAUGAUUCAUUGGGUGCACAACGAUUUUUACUUGUGGCCAAUAUACCGGCCAAUUUAUUGCAGCUAUGUUUGGAGGCAUUACCACGGCCAAUAUGGGAACCACAUCUUUAUUAUAUUCUCGUUACAAUGGCUCUAUUCGUUCUUAUACUAUCAACUAUUGUGGCAAUAUUUGAUGGACAUCGAAUUGCAUUAAAUUAUUAUAGUUCAAAAUAUGAAUUCCUCAACAAUGGUCUUGGCAUUACGAAAAAACACGAUGGAGAUGAUGAUGGAAACAAUGACAAUAAUGGUUACAAAUGUGAUAAUAAUUUGGCCAACCAUAACAACUCAUCAUCAUCAGCAAUAGAAUCUGCAUCACAUAAAAUUGUAGCGAACGGAUCGUCAAAUAUGACGAUAGCCAAUGGAAAACAUAAUCAUAAUCAUCCAUAUACUACAGUUGGAUCAUCAUCAAAUCAUAGUCAAUUAUCCAAUCAAAAAGUAAGAAAUCGACGUGGUGCAAAACAACAACAACAGAAUCACCAACCGAUACCAAAUGGGAAUAUACAGCAACAUCGAAGAAGUCAAUCUAAAUCUGCAACAUCUGAGCCAUCGACAUCUAAACCUCAACAGCCAGAAACAUCUUCGAAACAUCAUCAUUCGAAUGGAUCAUUGGAUUUGGAUUCUGAAUCAAACACAACCGUGACAACAACAACACCACAAUCUUCCACAAGUCAUCAUCAACAUUCAUCUUCAUGGAGUCAUCUAACACAAUCGGAAUUUUCGAGACAAGAUUCAUCAUCAUCCGAAAAUAGUAAUCGUUCAUCAGAUUCAUCUAAUUUUUCUGCAUCAUUAAUGUCAAAACAAACGUCGUCAUCAUCAAUCCGUCUAAAUCAAUCGAAUGUUAGUUCAGAUAGUAAAAAAUCUCAUUCAAAUGACUCAUUGGAUGAAAUAGCUUCUGCAACAGCAACAAAUACCAUAUCAACUAAUAAUCCAGGCAAUAAUUCACCAAAUGCUAGUCGUCAGGGAAAGAAAAAUAAACGUGAAUCAUCCACAUCGAAAGUAGCUAUAAACGACAUGCAAACAUCGAAAACAUUGGAAAAAAAUCAGCCACAUCAACAAUCUGCAAAGAAGCAAACAUCAACAACAAAGGUGAAAAAUAUCGCUAAAAAUUCUGACAAUGGCAAAAAGGAAAAAUCUUCAUCGAAAUGUAAUUCUGUUUCCGAAUCAUUAAAAUCGUCACAAGAAUCAUUGUCUUCAUCAAAACUUGAACAAAUUGAAGCCACUAUCAAUCAUGAUUUUAUGCCCACUAAAACAAGAUCUGCUACAUUACCAUUCACCCAGAAUGAUUCAAAUCAACAACAAUCAAAACCAACUAAUACAUUGAUGACCACUAAUGAUUCAUCAUUGUAUGCAUCUGAGUCAUAUCUAUCCUGGCAUCAAACAUCAACCACAUUUCAAUCGAAUUCGAAUGUAAACGAAAAUCAUGUCGAUACAUUUUGUACCGUAUCACCGUUUAAGCCUAUUGUUGAACAGAAUUAUCAUUCUUUGUCAUCGCAAAAAUUAACCCAUAAUAAGGAACAGAAAUUUGAUACAUUUCGUAAUGCUAAAGAAUUUAAUAAUACUGUAGGCAAUUCUAAAUCGGGUUAUUUUGGUUACUAUGGAGUCAAUGAUAAUAAUAACAAUGGCAAAGAUAUUUGGGAUUCACCAAUCACAAGCUUUGAUACUGAAUUGGCAAUGAAUCAAUUGGUUAAACAAACGGAAGAAUUUGCUGCAAUUGAUGAUAAAAAUACUGCUUCUUAUAUUAAUAAUCGACCAUCUUUCAACGUUCAACGUCGUGGUGGUGUUGGUGGUGGACAUUCAAAAUUUCAGACAUCACCACCAAUCACAGAUGAUAAAUGGGAAAUCGGUGAAUGGAGUAAUGAUCUUUUGAAUCAUUGUUCAUCAUCAUCGAAAGUAGGAACGUCUACAUUUGGCAUUAGUAAUGGAAAUAAUUAUGAAUCAACAAUGGCACAGAUGAAAAAAUAUCCACAUCAUCAUUCACGUUUUCCACAAUCGAUCAAUUAUCAAGAAUAUCGUAAUAGUUUGAAUGACAAAAAUCAUAGUUCAAGAUUAUAUGGAAAACAAUUAUUUGGCAUGAAUGAUUCUAAUAUGACUCAUAUAAAUAGUAAAUCACACACACAACAACAACAAACAGCAACGUUAGGAAAUGCAUCAUAUGUAAUGCAGAGAACAAUAUCACCGGUCGGCCAUAACAUUAAUUUGGCCAAUGUUCAAUCUAGUCUCUCGUUAAAUUCAAUGAAAACAGCAUCAAACAAUAAUUCAAUCGUAACAGCAUUAUCAUCAUCGAGCCCAACCACAAGUCCAAGCAUUUCGACGACAACUUUUUCACCAGUCAUUGGACGACCGCCGACUGCUCAACAGCAGCAGCAAUCAUCAAUUCUAUCUACACAACGAAAUAAAUUACUUCCAUCUUCACCCGCUGAUUCGAAUCAUUUUGCAAUGUUAAAUUCCUGUCUGGAGAAAUCACUAAAUCAAAAAACAUCAUUGUCAUUGUUACCUUCAUUCAAUUCGUCAUCGAAUGUUACGACAAAAAAUUUAUUUGGUCAAUUGGAUUCACUUUUGGAACCAUCGUCAUCGAAAUCGCAAUCGCUUUUAUAUGAGCAGCAACACUCUUCUGUUUCAAAUGGUUUGUGUGUGGGUGGAAAGGCAGUCAACACUCCAUCGGCAGUAAACGUCAAUUCGCUAUUACAAACUACCAGAUCAUCGCCAUGGAAUUCGGAAUUUGACCCAACUCUGGAUUCAUUGCUUGCAUCCGCAUCUUCAAAUAGUUCGACAUCAAAAGCAGUUGGCUCAGUAAUCACUGGAAUGUUUACCAAUCUUACCGAUCAUCAUAGUCAUCAAGAUUCUGUGUGGCCAUCUACAGCAGCCGAAUCAACUUGGCCCACAUCAAUAGCUUCGCCGUCAAACACAAAUAAUAUUUUUUCCAACUUUUCCGAUUCUGGAAAAUCAUCGGUAAACACAUUCAGUAGUGGUUUAUCACCAAUCGAUUCGUCGUCUGCAAAUCGAAUUAGUUGGUUGACAACAAAUUCAUCUCCAUCAUCAUCAACAAAUAACCGUAAUUCAAACACCAUGAUCGGGCCAAAAAAUUCUACUCAAUCGCCCCAAUCUGGCGGAAUGUGGUCCACAAUUGAUUCGCCUUUUCGUAAUUAUCAUAUUCAAAAUCAUACAUUCAAUGCGAAUGAUAAUGUAGACUUCAAUUCAUUGGUCAAGCCGCAGUCAACAACAGACCAUCAUCAUCAUACAACAAUGCAUCCAGAUCCUGUUGACGUUUCAUCAACACCGGUCGUUUCUUCAACUGCUUCUGUUUCAUCUUCUGAUGCUUUUGUCGAUAAUAAUCCACCAUCGACUACCGUAUUUGAAUUGUUUGGAGGUAAAUCACCAUGGUCACCAUUAAGCUCAUCGCCACCGAAUUCGACCACCGCUAAUUCGAUUGUUUCUGGUGCCAAUAUGACAACAAAUUUUCUUUCACCAUCACCCACACCUGCUGUUACGGCUGAAUUAUUGUUUGGUCGAUUAUCACAAAAUUCAUCACCUGUUUCAUCAUCCAAUGUAUCUACGACUUCGGCUAGUUCAAAUUCAAGUAAUCUGGAUACGACACAUUCUUCUAAAUGACUCAAAACAUUUAAAAACAAACACAAAAACACCGAGAAAAUUUUUUUCCUUUGAACUUUUUGUCCUCGUUAUUUCGUCUGGUAAACUUAAAAAAAUAACAUAUUUAGAUAUUAAAUGAUGAUUGUGUUUCUCGACACGCGAUUAAUUGAUUAA